GUGUUCCUCGGGCGCAGUUAAGCCGAUACACUACUGUACGUAGGAUGCAAGAAAAAUCAACAUUAUUGAAGCAGAAUGGCUCGAGAGUCGAGAAUGGCAAGUCUGUCCGAUGACUCCAGUCAAAUACCCCCACAUUGUCCUUACCCCGGACUCCAUAGGGGGAUCUGAUCGGCUUCUCCAUACAUAACAACGAGCAGAUUCCCCUCAUGCAUGAUGCGCUCCCCUCCCGGCGGAGCACAACCUAACACGGCGUCGGUCAAGAAGAUGCGGAACUGAAGACCCAAGAUGGCUGACGAAAGAUCUGAAGUAUUAGUAACACACCACGACGCCAAGGCGUUUGCUGUCGCCGUUCUCGAGGCAUCCGGAGUGAGCAGCAAAAAUGCCGAAAUCGUGGCCCGAGGACUGGUGCAGGCAGACCUCCGCGGGGUCGAAAGCCACGGGAUCAAUCGCAUCCCGUCCUACCUCGCGCGGGUCCGAAACGGGGUUCUGGACCCCAAGGCCGAGCCAACCCUCACACAGGUUACACCUGUAGUAGCACAGGUCGACGGCAACAAUGGCUUCGGCUUCCCCGCCGCCCACCUCGCCAUGGAGACAGCCAUCUCCAUGGCCCAGAGCUUCGGCAUCGGCAUGGUCAGCGUCAAACACAGCAACCAUUUCGGCAUGUCGGCCUGGAUCGUGCGCCAGGCCGUAGACGCCGGCAUGAUGAGCCUCGUCUUCACAAACUCAUCCCCCGCCCUGCCUGUCUGGGGCGGCAAGUCCCAGCUGAUGGGUGUCUCGCCCAUAGCGUGUGGCGCGCCCGGCGGCGAGAACUCGGUUCCCUUCAUCCUGGAUAUGGCGCCUUCUGUGGCGGCACGGGGCAAGAUAUACAAGGCCCUGAGGCGAGGCGAGAAGAUCCCGGAAGGCUGGGCGUUGGAUGAGGACGGAAAACCGACCGACGACCCGGAGAAGGCACUCAAGGGCGUCAUGCUGCCCAUGGGCGGCCCCAAGGGUUCCGCGCUGGCCAUCAUGAUGGAUGUGUUCUCCGGUGUGCUGUCUGGCUCAGCCUUUGCUGGUCGCGUCGUAGGCCCCUACGACAUGUCCGGGCCAGGUGACGUUGGUCACUUCAUCGUGGCCCUGAAGCCGGAUCUCUUCAUGAGCUUGGAGGAGUUCAAGAGUCGGAUGGACGUUCUAUACCAGCGUGUCGUUGCGUCGGACAAGAUGGAGGGUGUAGACAGGAUCUACUUUCCCGGGGAAAUUGAGCAGCUGAAUGAGCAGCGGAGGCUGAAGGAAGGCAUUCCUUUAGUCCAGGCCGAGGUCGACGCUCUUAAUGCAGAAGCCAAGAGAUUGGGAGUCGCGAAGAUCCGACAGCUUGUCUGAUUACCUUUGACUAAAUAUCAUCUUCAACUUUCAAGAGUCAACGCGUCUGAGAAACGCAGUCUAGUACGGACAACUCAAAUCCUGCCGUUCGUCGUUGAAGUCGGCGUGCUUGGCACCGGGAUCCCCCGCGCAACAAGCUUUCGGAGGAGGACAAGCUAACUUGAAGCCAAGUCCGGGUGCACGCAUCAUCCGCAGCAUUCGUCUUGGACUCUUCUUAGGGCAUGGUCGGUUUCGUAGGACAAGUCAGCACAGAUACAUGAGUAUUGAGCGAAUUUCCGGUCGCUUAGCUGGGUGUCCAGCCGAACUGAAUGGAUGCACUUUAUACAAACAAGGACUGCAGCUCUGACAAAAACAGAUGAGAUUGUAUGAAGUACAGAGUAGGUAGACAGCAAAUCGAUGUGCGUCCAGUGUUGCUACUAACUUCGUAUCCGUAGAUGGGAC